AUGAAAAAGACAAAUAUAAGCGCAUACACAAAAGACUUCUUUAUCGAGGUAGUGUGGUUCUGGAGCAGCGUAGGGUUUAUCCUUACGUACAUACUGACGGGCGUAAAAACCACCACAGGGUUUGGAAUUAAUAGAAAAUUUCUGCACGUUGUCAGCUGUCUGUGUCUUAUAGCCACGUACGCGUCCUGCAUAUUCUUUAAGAGCUCGGCAAUAAACAUCCAAAAGCUGCUAAAAGACGGAAACUUCAGAUGCCUGCUUGUUGCCUGCUCGCUGCUUGGAGUAAGCGGCAUGCUCAUCCCCAUGCUUCCCUUCCUGCUGAUGUCUUCGCUGUCCGUUGCCAACUACAUCAUAAAAAACAAAGGAAAAUUCGACAAAACAGCUGCGAUGCAGACGUCUUUAAAUCUUAUCGCGCAGAGAGAUCAGAUUAUGCUGGUUGCACUGAAGAUAGAAGUGCUAUCGCUUCCUCUGCUCUUUUUGCACUUAAUCCUUGGAACUGCUGAUCUUUUUGUGAUAGUAAGCUAUGCAAGCAUGGUGUGGUUUGAGUACACAACAAAUCCAUGCAUGAAAAAGGCUGCGCACGAGAUAGUUGGGUCAAUGGAUAAGAUCGCUGCAUCCCCGAGCAUCCCCCACGCAGCUAGACAGAGGUACUACCAGGCCAAAAAGUACAUUGCAUCUAGGCUGCCCAUCCCCGUGGAGCACACAAAGACUGCAAGUAGUCAAUAA